UAUGGAAUGACAGAAAUUGUGGUCCUCAGCCACAUUACACCGCUUGGCCUUCUCGAUGACAAACACUUGGGAAGCUGCGGAAAACUUCUUCCAGGCUUUGAAGCCAAAGAGGGAAACAAUAUAAACGAACCGAACAAAACUGGCGAACUCUACAUAAAAUCUCCCACUGUAAUGCUUGGAUAUUUCAACAUGAGCUCUGAAGACGAGAAUGUCAUAGAUGAGAAAGGGUGGUUGAGAACUGGAGACCUCAUGUACUAUGAUGAUGAUAGGUUUUACUACGUAGUGGGUCGAGUGAAGGAUCUUAUAAAAGUUAAUGGUAUUCAAGUCUCGCCGUCGGAGCUGGAGGACGUGAUCCUGACGCACCCAUCGGUCAAAGAAGUCGCAGUGAUUGGCAUUGAUCAUCCUGAGAGCGGUCAAGUUCCAAAAGCCUUAGUUGUACUUGAAGAUGGAGCUGACCAACAAUCGAUCAGCUUGAAAAUAAAAGCUCUAGUCAUUCAGAAACUUUCUCAUACGAAACAAUUGCGUGGUGGUGUUCAAAUCUGUGCAGAACUACCAAGAACUAGCACUGGUAAAAUUAAGCGAAGCGAGUUACGUAAAAUUGUGACCUCCUAA